GAUCAAUCAGGAAACAAAUGGGCGUGCAGGGGAAGAUUUGGCCACGCUCAGUUGUCAUACCCGAUCGGGUACACCGACACACCCGAUCAGGUAUGCCUUUUAUUUCCACUCUGAAAUCGAUCGAGUAUGCCACGAAUUAACAUUUUUACACAUACCCGAUCGGGUACCCUAUGUGUACUCGAUCGGGUACCCGAGCUGCACUCCCAAAAAACCUAUAAAUACACCUUCUUCCCUUCACAAUUAGACACCAAUUCCUUUACACUUCUAAGCUCAGUUUAGAAUAGCAUUUCUUUAUAUUUUUCUAGCAUGUUUAGUCUCCAAAUGAGGAGCUAAACUCUCACUUCUUGGUGUUGCUCCUGAAGUUUGUUGAUUAUUAAAGUUCAUAGUAAUGGAAAGAAGAGAAUAAAGUGCAACCGUACAAAGGGAGAUGAUAACAUACAAGGAAGAUCAAGACAGAGAUCGUAGUGUACAUUACUUUCUCUCUGGAAAUGAUUUCAUUGUGAGCACUUUGAACCUGAGGCAGAAAAGAAAGAAAAGCACAAACGAGAUGGAGAUAGAACUCGAAAUAUAUCUCCCAUUUCCUUUCUUAAUUCUUAGUAAUGAGAAACAAGAAGCUACUAAUUUAAAAACAAAAUGAUAUUUUUAAGCAUGGAAAAAAAGAAAUUUAUGAGGUAUGCGGUAGAACAAAAGUAGACAAGCAAAUAACGUUGAAAUAUUGUAUACCCGUUAAUGCAGUACGUAAAGAAUGAAUAUUUUAGAAGUGAUAAAAUUUGGCAAACGCUUACUUGUCCAAGGAUCACUUUUGCAAUUUCGUUUUUUAGUAAAGGGAAUAGUUGACGUGGAACGAAUAUCAAAUAGGAUUAUGCCAAAUGUUGAAUGUACCAAAACAUCUUCUGGUACGGAAGAGCUCCCCUUUAAUUUAAGCAAAAAAGAAAAGAAAAGGCGCGCGCGAGUUUAACGGUUGAAAACGAAAGAGUUCAGCUUGUAUUUCGGUGGCUUCUCACCCGGUUUGUGCUGAAUCGGUGACCUCUUUUUUAGGCACACUCCGGCUCUGGCAUUUCAUCGAUCAGUUUCUGCGCAGCUUUUGGAAACGUCGACCAAAUGCGGGAGCUGCGCGGAUCGGUUUGCAGCUGAUUCGGCUGUUCAACAGGGCCCCUCAUUAGCUGGUUUUCCUGGCCAGCUUCCGGUGCCCACAUCUCCGCCGUGAUAAGAUAAGGUAUCGAACCAUUACAAAAGGCAUCAGCUAAGUCAGCUAAACCUAUGGAACCUCAGUAUGACAUUGGUAAUGGCGUAAAGUCAUCGACAACUCAGAAACCCAUUGGAGGAACCAAUAUUCUCUCCUCAUGCAAGAAGUUGAGCGGUUCAUUCUCCUCUAAUUGCUCUUCUCCUGACACUCCACUUGAUAGUUCUUUCUCUGAGAGUGAUUCUAUAUAUGAAUUAACUCCUGAGGAAGAUUCUAGCAACUUAUUGACCACAGAAUCACCAUCUACCCAAGUAAUGGAGCGUCCUACGGAUGAGCCACAAAGGAUUCCAUCUUCUUUGUCUGGUAAAGGGAGGUUUAGAAAGGAACUGGGAUGGAGCAUGGGGUCCAAUGAAUCACUAUUCAGUAUCCAGCUGGAUCAUUCAAGUUUUUCUAAAGAUCAAUUCACGUGGGACUCUGAAGAGCUUUGUCAACAUGAAGAAGCUUCUGAGGGCCCCGCUACUGCGGCAAGUUGCUCUCCAGUGAGGCCGUCAUCUAGCCAUAUAACUGAGUUGGCUAGGGGUGGGGGGAUAGAUGCAGCAGAGGCAUCCAUGAGAGAUUUCUUAAGGGACAGUAAAUAUCAAAAUAAUGAAAAAUGUUGCGUUGAGGGGCGGACUUCUCGUUACUCUGAUGAGAGUGGGGCCAGUGGAAGAUCAUUUGCAUUCCCAAUAUUGUCAGGGGACAUGGAUAAAAACACUUCGGCAAAGUUAAGGCCAGACAAAAAGCAGCCACCUCAGUCUUUAAUACCAUCUGAGCAAGAGGGUGAAUCGUUGCAGAACCCUCAAUCUGAGCAGCAAGUGGCUGUUGCACCCAAACAGUGGUUUUCCUGCUUCUUGUGUUCCUCAUUCUGUUCCUAGGAGACUUCUUGGUAAUUUGUUGCCUUCAAAGUUAACCUGUUCUUUUUGUGUCAAGAUAAUUGUUAGGAUGGCAGAUGAGAAAAUACGAGGAAAUGAUGAGUUGGUAAAUAAGACCUUGGAUUGAAUUAACUAAUACGGAGUACUACGUAGAUUAUAUUUUAAUCUUUUGGCGUGUUUUGAGUCAAGUGCCUUAUGGUCCAGUCCAGUAACCCCAACCAAUUCCUUAAUUCUAACAAUAGUAAAUUCAGGGAAUUUCUGUCCUCACUGUUUUACCCUUGUUCCCAUGGCAGUAUACUAUAUUAUGCCUAGAAGAGUUUAAUAAUAUAUAUAUAGUGAAGAUGACUUGAGGCAUUGUGGCUUUGAAGAAGAUCAAAGAGAUGGUGUCAUGUAAAUAGAAAUACAAUAACAUUGCAUCCCUGCUUAUGUCUAGAGUGCAGCUGAUGGCCUUCAUCCACAGUUUUUAUGAAGAAAGUUUUGAGGAUGUCAUGCCAGCAUUCUCCGGUUUCAUACGAGUAGGUGGUUAUUUAUUAAGUAUGACUUAUUCGGGAGGAUCCAUAGCUUACUCUGGAGCUCCCCCCAUGUAGGUUAUUUUACUAUGUAAAUUUUACGCUAAAUAUCCUUUUGGCUUCCCUUGUUGUCGAACAAAAUUCCGCUAUGAUCACUUCUUAUUUUGGGAAAUGCACUUUAACAUCUUCGUGGUAUUUAAGCAUUACAUUCAUUAUUAAAC